AUGUUUCAAGAAGAGACAGGAGCUAUCUACCAGAGGCUUUUGAGCGAACAAGUGGUGGAGACGUUAAUGGAGGUUGCUCAGAGGGUGGAGCUGAUUCUGAAGGAUCCUCAGGACAGCCUUGUUGUACUGAGUGGCUGUGGGACUUCUGGUCGAAUGGCUUUCCUCAUCACGUCAGUUUUCAACAGAGCACUGAAGGAGCUGAACCAGAGUCCAGUCUAUUCGUACAUCAUUGCAGGAGGAGACAGAGCUCUGCUAUCCUCCCAAGAAGCUCCUGAAGAUGACCCCGAACUGGGCAUGCUCAGUCUGAAGAAGGUCUGUGAGGGAAAGAAGCGGGUCUUGUUCAUUGGUAUUUCCUGCGGAUUAUCUGCUCCAUUCGUGGCAGGUCAGCUGGACUUCUGCCUGCGGCACUCUGACGUCUACACUCCUGUACUGGUUGGCUUCAAUCCCGCACACCAGGCCAGGGAUGAGCCCAUGCCAGGCUCCACACUGACUUUUCGCAGCGUGGUGCAAAGGAUGCAGGCGCUGGCCAAAAGAAGUCAUAAGGCCUUCCUCCUCAACCCAGCAGUCGGACCAGAGGCCAUCAGUGGCUCUUCCAGGAUGAAGGGAGGCAGCGCCACUAAGAUUCUCCUGGAGGUCGUCCUGUCUGCCGCUCACGCUGCCGCCUUCGCAAACACACCCAUCACAUACAAGGGCGUGCUGCAGUGCAUGAAGGCAUACGAGCAAACUCUGGAUAUCACUUACGCUCAGAGCGAGGGGAUGACUGCUCUGUUGGAGGCAGCUGGACAGAGUUUGCGGCGUGGCGGGCGUGUGUGUUACCUGGGUUGGGGCUCCCUCGCUGUGCUGGGCCUCGUCGACGCCAGCGAGUGUGACCCCACGUUUGGAGCAGACUAUGACGAUGUUCGAGGCUUCAUCAGUGGAGGAUACAGAGAGCUGAGCAACAGUGAGGGUCCCCUGAAUUCACUGGGUCCGGAUUUUUGCAUAGCACAUGAGGAUUUCUUGCGUCUAGUCCUGCCCUCCCUCACUGACAAGGACUUUGUUCUUCUUCUCUACACGCACUCUGAUGAUGUCAGCGAAGUGGUGAAGCUGGCGCGCAGAGUGAGAGGGAAGACGUCCAACCUCCACGCUGUUUAUCAUCGGGUCGAUGGAGACACUGCAGCUGCUGCACAACAAGAUGAUGUCAAUGAUCUGUGUUCAUCUUCACUACACAUCACUUGGCCGUCACCUGCUUCAGGGAGCUUGCUGCGCAUGCAGUGGGAGCUGUCCACCAAGCUGCUGCUGAACGCCGUGAGCACCGGCGCUCACGUCUUAAAGGGGAAGAUUUACCACAACCACAUGAUCGACGUGCAGGCCACCAACAGCAAACUGUACUGCAGAGCCACACGUUUACUCCAGAAGCUGUCCGGCUGUCCUCAGUCCCAAUGUGAGGAAGCUCUUCUGAAGGCCAUCUACCAAGUGGACAAGCUGACAGUGGACAUCACAUCGUCUGAUAUCAACACACAUACACGUGCUGCCAGGAACAGGACCAAGAGAGAGGCCGGCGUGCAGAGGCUCAGCUGUCACUUCUCCUGGCCAGAGUUCUGUGAUGAGCGCCGCUGCUUCCAUCAGGAGUUUGUGUACGAUGUUGCCAUGUUCGCCACGGCCUGCGGCUUCCCCUGGCCUGACGUGAUCCGCGCAGCUGUGAUCGCCAAAGGCAUCUUCCCACAGCUGGACGAUCUGAAUGUCCCCAAAAUAUUGUCCUUGCUGAGAGGUGUGCUGUGUGAGUGUUUGCCACACCUCACCUCCGUCCACAGACAUGAGUUCACCCAGUACCUUGCAGACACCUGCAUCACGCAGAGACAGAGGCUUUUCCACGCGGUGGUGGGUGGUGCUGCCAACAUAUCCAUUGCUCAGCUACACUUGGAAGUGCAGUUGCCACCCACACCCUGUCCUCUAGCACAGGGCACAGAUCUGCAUGAGUGGGAGCAUCAACGACAUCAAGCCGAGCUCACCUCCAAGUUGCUUCAGAAGGAGGAGGAGCUGAAGGUGCUCCGAGCCGGCUCAAGAAUUACUCUGGGAGCGGUUGAUGUUCCUGAGGACGAGCAACUGGACAAAGAGGGGGUGUCGGCGUUGGUUUGUGCAGCAGUGAAGGCCACAGAAGACCAGAUGCGGGCGAGUCUGACCAGAGAGGCCUCGCUGAUCAGUGAUCUCCUGCAGCUCAAACUGCAGCAGGCAGCAUUGGCCACCGGGAGGCUCCAAGAUCACAGCUCUUCCAGUGCAGGCUCACAUGCGGAUUCAUCGGGAAAGACAAAAACAGGACGGAGAAGGUCGGGAAAUGCAGAGUGAGGACAGUGGACCUGGUUCAGUGAUCAUGUGCACAC